UAUCUGAUCAGCGUACGCGUUUGGCGCUUGCUGCAAUAGCAGAAGCAAAGGCAGAUGCAGCGCAUGUAAAGGAGACAGUUAGAGAGGAGACAGCUCAUUUAGAAGCAGAAAGAAAGUACCUCUCGAGAUGGAGAUACGAGUUGCUGCAGCUAACCGACACGCUGCAGCAGCAAGCAAAGCAAGCACUCAGCCAGGUGCGCAUGCACAGAUACAUUAACCCCACAGCAGCAGCAGCAGCAGCAGCAGUCAGCCAGGUGCGCAUGCACAGAUACAUUAACCCCACAGCAGCAGCAGCAGCAGCAGCAGAAGCAGCAGCACAAGAGGCAGACGCAGCAAGAGCACAAGUAGCAGUAGCAGCAACAGAAACAGCAGCAGGAACCGCAGCAGCAACAACCAUAGCCGCAGGAAAAACAGCAGCACCAGCAACAGCAGCAACAGCAGCAGCAGCAGCAGGAGCAGCACGUUGA